GCAGCAGCAAGCUUGGAUAUGCAGCCAGCCCCUUCUUCUGCCCUUGUGCAAAGGAACCGCUUGCGGCUCAGGGCGCCUUGGGUCCGUGGCGCCACCUGCUGUUCCCGCGGCGCCAGCGCAGCCUGCGAGGCCGUCCCAGCUCUUUCCAUCCGAGCGCGAGGGAGACUCCGGGGCCACCCACCCGCAGCACGCAGAGCUUCUGGGAGCCGGUGGCAAGGCCGAAAUGGGAUGCAAACCAAAUGCACGUGGGUGACUGGCAGAAAAAGCCUCCCACAAAUGGGAGGGAUUUCGGAAGGAACCGAAAGAAAGUUGGAAACCAAGUUACAGCUGAAGCCGGGGCCUUCUCCUACCCGACUCUCAUGGCCCAUUAAAACCUACGUGAGCUUAUCUGACACCUUCAAGCCCUGUUUGGUGGCCCCAUCUCCUCUUCAGAUGGCAAUGUGCCUAGCUACACUACAUUUCCCGCCUCCCUUGCAGCUAGAGGUGGCCAAUGAGAUAUAAACAGAUGCUGUCAGACAUGAUGUCUAGAUCCCUAGCAGUCAUCCCAGACCAUGAGAUAACUUUGAGAAGGAACACCAUGUACAAAGGACUGUGCAGAAGAGGGUUGGCAGGAGCCUGGAUCUCUGAUGACUUCACCCUUGACUGCCCACCUCACCAGGCUGUACAAGCCACUGUUACUGGCAGAUGAAUGCAAGUUCUAAAACAUACAACCACUGACCUACUGAAUUUUCCAAGGAGCACAUUUCCACUGGAGACAUUUGGUGCCUGCAGAAAAUACUUACUGAGGAAUUUCUAUGGGACCAGCCUGAAGUAGAAGCCACUGAAGAGAGGCCCUGAAGCAGCUUUUCUUCCUUAUCCCAGAGACCAACAUGGUUACCCCAGCCCAGAGUCACCCUCCUUCCUCUAAGCUGUCAAAACCCUGGCUGCCUUUACAAUGAUUCUGACAAUGAAUCCCACCCUGCUGGUGAUGUCUAUUGCUUUACUGUUGAACUUUUUAAGGGUUAACAUUCCUUUUUAUUUUUCUUUUUAAAUUGAUUAAUAAUAGUUGUACCAAUUUGGAUGGUACCUGUAAUAUUUUGAUACCUACAUACAAUGUGUGAUGAACAAAUUGGGGUAAUUGGGCUAGCCAUCACCUCAAACAUUUAUGUAGGGCUGAAAUCCCUGAAGGACAGGAUCGUGUCUUACAAAUUGUGUGUUCUAAUCUGCAUUUACAUUUCAGAAAUUCUGGACUAGGUAGCAAACCAACAGAAACUCUUGCUAUGAAGAUCUGGAGGUUUCCUGGAGGAAGUGGUGAAUAGGGCCUUGCGACUGAUGUUAAAAGCCCUGGGACACAAUAGGGAGACUCCUGAACUAGGAAGAGGUCAAAAGCUCUGGUAGCAGCCCCCACAAAUUAAGAAACCUACUCAGAGUAAAAGAAACAGGCCAUGGUGGGUGGCCGGGGAGCAAGGAAUAUUUUUGAGUAACCCCAGAUGGUGGCAAUCAUUUAAUGCCCUCCAUCCCUCUCAGUGUAUAUUAGGUUAUGUUUUUUUUUUAGAAAAUGGAGGAAGGGUUUUACUAUGUUGCCUAGGCCAGUCUCAAACUCCUAGGCUCAAGCAAUUCACCUGCAUUGGCCUCCUAAAUUGCUGGGAUUACAGGCAUGAGCCACUGUGCCUGGCCCAAGAAGUCUGAGCCAGACGUUGCUGUAUAGGUCAGAACUCUGUGGGCUAUGAAUGUAAGAUAUUCACAAGUCACAUCUAUUCCAUUCAUUGGCAAACACUUACCUGAAACCAUACAGCAAAAGAGAUUCUGGAAAAUGUCCCUUCCAGCCUUAGAAGAAAGUGAUGGUGGUGCCCAGUUGACCCCAAGCAAGCCAGCCCAGGAAUGCAGACAUUUUGGACUGCUCAUCUUUUACUACUUUGUGUGGCCUUUCACAGAAGAAUUGCACAAGAACUUGACUCUUGAUUCCAAGGAUUCUGGAAGAAUGCCAACCAAACUGAAGCCUACAAGCCUAACCAUGUUUUGAAAAGGCUGGAUGUGACAUGGUGAAUCCUCCUUAGAUGUGUUAACUAGAGUUAGGGUGCCAGUGACAUGCAAGGGGUUGGGCAUUUGAUUAAGUAGAGGAGGCAUGAGUGAAAGCAGCACACCUCCACCCUGCUCGAUGGCCAUCAUCACCUAGUCAGGCUGUGAGCCUCCAUGGAGUGGGUAGCUGAGAACCCACAACCCUCAAUAUAUCUUCUUUCUGGCCCUGUUAACAUGGACCAGCCUCCGUGAGGUGAUGGUCGAUAUCCAGCUAAGUAUGGCCCUCUUAAUAGUAAUGUGGGUGGCUUUAUUCAUAUUGGCUUCAUGAUAAAUGGUAUCACUGAGCUGACUUCUCUAUGUUUUAGAUACAACAAAAAUAAAAGACAAAAAAAAAAAAAGAAAAAAAGCACAAUGACACAGGCAGUCUUGCUGCCAGACACAUCUGCAAUCAGAAAGCUUGGAAAAUUAGACUUGGAAAUGGCUUGAAAGAACCUUUAAACUUUUUCUGAAGAGCAAGUACAGGUUUGUCUCUGGGGUCAGUUCUAAUUCUUUGACCAGCUAAUUUUAAGUGGCUGUAUCUUGAAAAAAGUGACAGUGACAUUUUGGUACUCCAGCUGAACUUUUAGAUUAGUCACUGAUACAACUGCAACUUUUGGCCUAUUUGAAGGAUUUUAAGGGCAGGAUAAAAUAACAAAACCCAACAGUCUUAGCCUGAGUUUCCCAGAAAUCAGAGCCUGAGACAAAGCCUUGCCUUUUAAGAUUAUCUGGGAAUGUGAUCUUAGGUAGCAAGAGUACAGGGUAGGGGAGUGAUCAGGGAAGGAGGGAAAGCUAAUGCAACAUGGAUUAUUAUGUUGUCUACUACUAUGGACAAUUGUUCAUGUGGACUGCACUGUGGACUACCAUAUGGACUACCACUAUCACUAUGGAUACAAGUCCUGCUUGGAAUUUUUGGGGAGAUUUAUGGAAAGUACCAGAGAACUGUUUGUCCAAAGGACCAAAGAGGGAAACAUUUAUCCAUUGGCUCCAGGUCCCCAUUGGUCAAGGAUGACUUGGUUGCAUUUCUAAGUAAUGUAUGCUGAGCACAGAGCAGAUUCAAAUGGUUGCCCUGAGCAGCAGAUACCUCUGGGCAGGAAAUGAGAGGUACUCAGUGCAGACCUAGAGUGAGACCCAUGAUCUGAUUGCACCAGCAUAGAGAUGGUCACAACCUAGGUGGAAGCAGUUUCUUCAGUUGUAACUGGAGAUAGAGGUGGGAUUGAGAGGAUUUUAAAGAGGGGCCCAGGAGGUAUCUAAAGCACCAAACAAUAAGUAUACAUUAACUAUGUUCUGGGUGUUGGGCACAGGCAUGGGAGGUAGAGCAGUGACAUGAUAAAGCCUUUACUCUUCCCCAAAUAUCUAUACUUUCUCUAAUAUAAAAACAUCUUAAGCAUAUGAAAAAUAUCACAUUUAUUAUAAAAUGUAAACUGCAAUGACCUCUGAGAGAGUUAUACGUUGAAAUUUAAAUUCACAUUGAGAUAUAAAUGUUAGAUACAGGUAUUUUACCCCAAAUAAGGCUUUACUAGGGGAAAGAGGAAGUGCACAAGAAUUCUGGGGGUCUGAUGUAGUUGUGAAUCAAAAUUUCCAAUCCUUAUAUAUAUUUUUAUUAUCAGCCUUGCUUUGCCUAGUGCCUAUAAUCGUGUGAGAACUUGCCCUGUAGCCCCCCAUGAGUGGCCCUUUUCCCUAGUCAUCCUUCCUUGGCUUUAGCCAUGAGGAGCCUGAUGUGAGGAGAGAACUCAGCAAAUAUUUAAGUAAAUAUUUAUGGAAUGACAUGAAUGAAUACAAAGUUAUAAAUAGAACAUUAUCUUAUUCUACUCCUGGACUAGAUGUACGACCAAACAAACUAGAAUAGAUUUUGCAUAGAUUAAAUUUCACCUUUCUGACCUCCCCAAGCAAGUGCUUCUCUGUUUUUUUCCAGACCACCAUGUAUAUUCAGUAGCUGUAGCCCUUAUUUUCUGUUUCAGUUAUUCAAAGCUUGCUGGAGUAUGAGCUCCUGAAGGGCAGGGGCCAUUUCUUAUUAAUCUUUCUAUUGUCAGUACUGAGCAAAGUCUAUGGUGCCUCGAAAUGUUUAAUUAAUGAGAAUCUGAAUCCAGACUAUAACAUGACAACCUCAAUAGUGCAAUUAAAAUGAAGAAUCUGUGGAAUAAAAUGACUAAAAAGCAUACCUUUGGAAUACAUCUCCCAGCUGAGAGACUAUAGGCAAGUCACUGAAUUUCUGUGUCUCAGUUUCUCCAAGUGAAAAAUGAGAGACCAAUCAGGGUUAGAGGAUAUAUGAUGUGCAUACUGUCACUCUGUUUUCUGUGUCUUGGUUGACAUUUCUAAUAAAUCAUGACUUUUUUUCACACUGA